AUGCCCUUCGGCUGCUCCACCUGCAGUAAGAGCUUUGCCCGGUUGUCGUGGCUGCAGGUGCACAGCAGUGAGCGGCCUUUCACCUGUUCCGACUGCGGCAAAGGCUUCAAGUCGUCCACGAAACUGAAGGGGCACAGGCACCUGCACACCGGGGAGCGGCCCUACACCUGUAGCGACUGUGGCAGGGGUUUAACUCAGUCCAAUCACCUGCUGGAUCACCAGCGCACACACAUCGGCGAGCGCCCCGUCAACUGCGCCCAGAGCGGCAAGGACUUCACCAGCCCCUCCAAGCUGCUGUCCCACCAGCGGGAGCGCACAGGCGGCUGCCCCUUCUCCACCCCCCACACUUCGCUCGUCCAACCAACAUGUGGGAAAAUGAGAGUGGGUUAUGUGGAAAAAUGUGUCGGCAUUGACUAG